AUGGCCCUUGAAGAUAACAUACAAGAUAUCUGUGUCGACAAACCUCGCUGCGGGCUUUGUCAAUUCCAGUUCGAGGACAAUGACUUGGUGGUCGCAGUCCUCGAUGAUGAUCGUACGUCGACUCCCUUCUGCUUCCGACGAAACCAUACGUACGAAGACAAGUCGGCCAAAAUUGCAUUGCACAUGUGUUGCCAGAGUCGCUGCAUCAGGAGCAAGCGCCAAGUACCCUGCCUUCACAGUGGAUGUCGUUCUAUUACUCUGAUUCCGAUAUCAUCGAAUUACCUCGCCGCCACCAAAUAUGACUUCAACCCGCCGAUUCAAUUCGAGUUUCGGAGACGAAAUCGCAUCAAAUGGGCAGUGACCAAGAGGCUCAAACAAGAUUUCCUGCCCCAAAUGCCGCAGGAGCUCUGCCAAAUGAUUGCCGGGUAUAUCAUCCGUGAAAUAGCCGCCAUCGCUCUCCAAGAACGUGCAAAAGACGUGCAGCCAGCAAUUUCCACAAUCGACCUCGCUCGGGAUGUCUACGCCACAUAUAUCGACAUUGAGGGCAUUCUCUAUCUGCAGUCGCUGCGAAACACACCUCUGCAAGACAACGGCAGCAGCCAGUGCAUAUACGACGCCCAGCAAGCACGUGCUAUCCGGACCAUUUAUAUCGAGUAUGACCAUCUGGGCAUCAGAGGCAUCUACUUUGAUGUACCCAACAGUGAGACUCCAUCAUCUCGCGAUUGCUGCGGUGUAUGGUGGACGGAGGUGGCUCGAGAGAGCGGUCUUUUGCGGAUAACGACCAAGUCUGACGGCAUGAAACUCAGGCGGCUAGUGGACUCGACAGACUCCAUGGCUGCGUCCUUCCCCCGGCUGCCCGGCCACGGGUUGAUGUUUCGCACGAACCAGGACAGAAAGGUUCUGUUCGGACCUUAUAUCGUGCACCCUAAGUUCCGGAACCAGUACCAUCUCAUCUACUCUACAACAAACAGCCCGUCCCGGAUAUACUUCAAUGAGUGGGACCCAUUUGAAGACGAAAAGUGCGUCAAAUACAUCGGGAUCGAGAGCGACGCUGCGGAAACGGACAGGGCUACAAACCAACGCUUGGAAACAUCUGAGAGCAUGUGCCCCCCGCCCCUUACAACCACGUCACAGCCGCCCUAUACGCAGUACAACGAGCCGUGGCACUACACGAACUGCAUGUUGGAGAAUGUCGUGGAAAUCGCAUGCUGCGUCGAUGGGACCGUUUCACACAAACCAGUCAUUGGCAUGAUGGUGCACUACGGCGAUGGCCAUCGUGCCUGCAUAGGGCAAUAUCGGUUGGACUGGGUGCUUGACAAGUCUCCUGCUGAUCCCUCGAUGUCGCUGCGCAUUGGCCUAGCGAAAACCCGGAAAAACUUCCCAUAUGUUGCGAGAAUCACCUUAGGGAAUCCGGCCGCUCCUGCAUCCGACUCACUCUCCUGGAUGGACGUUCCCUGGCAUGGCAAGCUUGAGUGGUGGUUUUCACAACGUCAGUGUCGAUUAUGCCAUUGUGACUAA